AUGACUAAACCAGAUUCUGUUGCACUCAAAAUUUAUCUUGUACAUUCAUCAAAUCAAGGAAAGCUUGUGCUCUCAUUUGACACUGCUGCACUCGCCUCGGAGGGAUCAAAUACGACCCUUAUUUGCCAGGAUACAGACAGCAAGCUGCUAACAAACCUAACAUGGUCAUUUCAAAGAACUUCGGGUGAUUUCGUUUUGGUUGAAAAUGGUCUCCUGGCCCCUGGUGUCAGUGGAGAUAAAUACAAGCUAUCAAAUUCAACAACUAAGCUGCAGAUUAAUCAGCUUGGCGUCAAUGACAUUGGUAACUACACUUGUUGCAUGAGAGGAAAACAGGGGGAGACUAUUCUGAGUGCUACGGUUUUCUUGACCGUGGAAGCUUUGCCCAGAAAUGGCCAACCCGCAAAUAAUCUAAGUUCCAUGACUACAGUGCCUUCCGCAAGCGCUUCAAAUCCCUCGAGUACUACACAUCCCUCGAAUGCAUCGAAUCCCGCAAGCGCACUUUAUCCUACGAGUGUGGGACAUUCCGGAGGUAUAUCAACCUUGUCGAAAGGAGAAGUUAAAGCACCUUUGGAAAAACUUCAACCAUCACAUUCUACUUCACCAACUAUCAUGCAAGGAACAACAUCUCAUCCUGUUUUGUCAACUUUGUCGAGAAAUCCUGAUAGAAUUAUAUUAGCAAGUCAGGGUUGUGGAAACUUCAGUGACGACACAGUUGCGUUUCACGAAAACGAAACUUCACCCAGUUUGAUAAUGAUCAAAGAAAAAGGACAAUUGAAACUACACUGCAGUUAUUGUGCGAAUUCAUCACAACAGGUCUUUGGUCUUUACUGGUACAAGGAGAACCAGAUGAUUCGUAAUAGUACACACUAUACGAUAACAAAUCACGGCAAAGAUCUUGGUAUUCCUGUGGUGCAGCAAGGAAUGGAUGAGGGACUUUUCAUGUGUGAAGUUGUAUCCUACAAACAGAACAUUUCAAAGCUCAUCACUGUUAUUGUGAAGAAAGCCGAGUUAAAUCCAUUGUUGUUAAGCGUGUUUGCUCAAAACAAGUCAUACCUGUCUGUGCAAAUCGCCUGGCGUCUUACGGAACACGCUGUCUUCAGUGCCUGUCAUGUCAGCCUGAAGCUGAGACUGUUAAACUCCAGUUCAUGGAGUCAAGAAGUUACCAAUUUAUCUCAAAUACUCGGGUUUUACACAUUCGCACAUCUGCAGCCCAGAAGAAUGUAUUUAUUAAACAUUACACUGCAAAACAAAUACAAGCAGAUUGAGAACAGAGCAGUGGUUUUCUGGUCAGCGGCUUCCAACUCUUCAGAGUUUGAUCAAAGAUUACGGCUUCUCUAUCACGUGAUCAACAAGAGAGCUUUAAGCGUGGCGCUAGGGAUCAUAGGAUUGCUGGGGAUAAUAAUGGUAACAUACGUCUGUGCCACGUGGUGUUAUUCUGAUAAAAGAGGUUAUUCCAUCCCACCAGCGCAGACGAAGAGACAGGACGAGAAUGACAGUAGUUUUGAAGUAGACACUCACUUGCUUUACAACAGGGCCUUUGAAGACGACAAACUUGAUUGGAUGAACGAGGAAAUAUGA